CCUAGAACAUGCUUUGCUGCUGCAAGAAAGGAGCAAGCACAUGAACAACCUCUUACCCAUAUUUAUGUUACAUCCUCCGAUUUUGGUUUCCUUGCUUUUAUUUGGCCAUGAUCACAUAGUGUUUAUUAGAAAACAGCUGGGCUGUAAGAAAGAAACGAGCUGCAGAAAUGCGAAUACCGACACCCCCAGACUAUCAUCAUCAUCACUUCACAGUCGUUCAACUGCUCUCUCUACUAAUAACAAUACUCCUACCGACAUCUACAUCUGCCCUCGAAACAACCAUCAUCGUUACUAUCACAGCAACAGCAACAGCCACCACAACCACCACAACCACCACAACUACCACAACAAACCCCCAGGUCCCGCAGGACCGCUCCUACACAUCGGCCUCCCAAUUCAAAUCUUCCAUCCUCUCAACUACAAACGCCUAUCGCAGCACACACAAUGCCUCAAGCCUCGUCUGGAAUGAGACGCUAGCGAGCUUCGCAAACCAGUGGGCUAGGACAUGCCUAUGGAAACAUUCCGGAGGUCCCUACGGCGAAAACUUAGCCUUCGGAUACACGAAUGCCUCGGCCGCGAUACAAGCGUGGGGCGAAGAAGCCUCGAUGUACAACUUCAAUAAGCCGACCGGGUUUACCGAGGAGACGGGUCACUUUACACAGCUCGUUUGGAAGGGGACGAGGGAAGUGGGCUGUGCAGCUGUGGAUUGUGGGUUGACGGAUCCGGAUGGCGAUGGGGAAAAGAAAUGGAGUAGGGCACAAGGGUGGUAUGUUGUUUGUGAGUAUGUGCCUUCAGGAAAUGUUGUCGGAGCGAAUGACGACCUUGAGUAUUUUCGGACGAAUGUGCAAGAGGGGAGUGGGGAUGUUGAUAUUGAUACUGAUUCGGACUCU